UGUUUAACUCAUUGAGUGUUUCUUUAUUAUAUAACCAUCGUCUGUAGAUAUUUAAAAGAUGCGUAGAGGGUGAUGUAACUUUUGAUUAUUUGUGUCUUUUGUUGUAUUUGGGGGUGAUUUUAUGAGGAUAGUUGGGAUUAAUGUCAAAUGUAGUAGUGUUAGAAGUGUAAUUGGUAAAAGAAAACGUGGGUGACGAGGCAUUACAACCCCCGGAGUAAAAAAGACAAAAAUUGGCAUUGGAACAUUGUCUUUUGGUGUUAGUAUCGAUAUGUGCGCAAAACGUGUUGCGCGUGUCUUCAUUCACAUUUUACCAAGUCGAUAACCAUACUUGUAUCAGACUUAGAUUCCGUUGGCAGGAGACUGAAUUUUGCGUUUUUCCUCAUCAAUCCACGUAUUUCCGCUCAUCGAAUACCGGUCAAAAUUGAGACUAAAAACAAGAUGGCGUUUGCCGGGCUGAAGAAACAACUUAAUAAAUGUAAUCAGUAUGUCACGGAGAAAAUGGGGGGCGCUGAAGGAACCAAACUGGAUCUGGAUUUUAUGGAUAUGGAAAGAAAAACAGACGUCACGGUAGAGUUAGUUGAAGAUCUCCAAAUUAAAACCAAGGAGUUUCUCCAGCCCAACCCGACAGCCAGAGCAAAAAUGGCAGCCGUCAAAGGCAUCAGCAAACUCAGCGGUCAGGCCAAGUCCAACACUUACCCCCAACCGGAGGGUGUGCUUGGAGACUGCAUGCUUAGCUACGGCAAGAAGCUGGGAGAUGACAGCAUGUUCGGGAACGCGCUGGUUGAAAUGGGCGAAUCCCUCAAACAAAUGGCCGACGUAAAAUACUCGCUUGACGAUAAUAUUAAGCAGAACUUUUUGGAACCUCUACAUCACCUGCAGACAAAAGACUUGAAGGAAGUAAUGCACCAUCGGAAAAAACUACAGGGCAGACGAUUGGAUUUUGAUUGCAAGCGGAGACGCCAAGCCAAAGGUUCAAAUAUUGCAGAUGAGGAAAUUAAGACAGCCGAAGAAAAAUUCGCAGAAAGUCUCCAUCUUGCUCAAAUGGGCAUGUUCAACUUAUUAGAAAAUGAUGUGGAACAAAUUUCUCAACUGACAACUUUUGCUGAAGGGUUAUUGGAUUAUCACAGUCAGUGCACAGAAGUUCUUCGAACGCUUACUGAAACGUUACAGGAAAAGAAAGAAGAAGCAGCUAGUCGUCCUAAGGUAGAAUUCGUACCGAAAACUUUAUCUGACUUGAACAUUGAAGGCGUUUCUGUGGCAGACGGAUACAAUGGUACACAUUCCAGUCAGUUAAGCCUAAAUAAUCACAAUUCGGGUAACAAUAUUUCUAAGAACGGUCAGAAUCAAACCUAUAAUGGGUGGCACCAAUUUUCGAGGCCAGCGCCCAAGACGGCCCCCAUUAAACAUCACAUGCCUCCACCCGAUCCUUUCGAUCCUUGGAGUUUUCCUCAAGGCUCUUCGCAAGUGUCUUCUCCUCAACACAAGCCACAGCAGCUAGAGCUGCAUCCAGGACAGCACUCUGCAAAUGCAUCACCAUUGCCGUCCCCCAUGAAGUCACCAGCCAAAACUCCAAUGAACAGACAAGCCUGCUGCACAGCCCUCUAUGAUUUUGAAGCCGAAAACCCUGGAGAAUUAAGCUUUAAGGAAAAUGACAUGAUCGUUCUUCUAAAUAAAAUCGAUGAGAAUUGGUACGAAGGCAGUGUUGGGGGUCGCACAGGAUAUUUUCCAGUGAAUUACGUGAAAGUCGACGUGCCACUUCCAUAGACCAGUAACCUCAAAAUAUCCAAUCAAUUUCCGCAAGAUGAACAACUUCCUAUAAUUUAUUUUUGUAUAUUGGCUCUGAUAUUAACACAUAAUUUUUUGUGUCGUUUUGUGAUAAGUAUCCUUUUUUAUUACUUCAUUUUAUCUUUAUUUCACACAAUUGCAAAGUUGCGUACCUCCGUUCUGUCAUAUUAUCUUUUUUUCUAUGUUAAAUACCUCCGGACAUUAGAUUUUAUUUUCUAUCUAUCGCCGUGUUGUUUUUAAUUAACUACACUGGCCAAUGUUUUAUAUGAUAAAAUUUAGUGAUAUGGUCUCUAGUCAACAAAUAAUGCGAGGUAUUUGAUAUAAUUGCUUUUAACAAUUUAAAAAAAGCUUAUCCGUAAAGAUUAAAUGAUAAUUACGAAAGAAAAAUAGUCAUUUUAAAAAAAUUGGUACGUUUCUGCAACUGCACGAUGUUAAGAUGGGUAAAAAGUUUCGAGAAAUUUGCCUUUUUGCUUAAAUAUAAGACUGGCAACAAAUAAUGCCACAUCUCGACGUAAAAAAUCUAAAAUAUUUUGCUAACAAUUCCGCUGAGCAUUUAAGUUUUAGUUUAAUCGAUUUUAACAAAAACAAAUAGGUUUAAGGUAUCGAACUGAAUUUUUUCAUAUUUUCAAAUUGAAAUAAAUCUUCCUAAUAUAAUUUAGUUGCAAUUUGUAUAUAAUGAUGAAUAUUAUAGUGUAUAAAGUAAUUUCUUUUUUAGUUUUUAAUUUAAUAAAUUAAAUUGUGUAAUAAACUGAUGUGCAGUUGAUAGUUUUGAUGGCUAUACAGGGCGAAUUAUAAUUAGUUUGAAUUACAAUCCUUUUUUUAUAAAACACAAAUCAGUAACCUUAACUCCAUAGAACAAAAUUGUACAUUGUAAUUUGCCCUAUAUGAAAAUAAAAUGAUAAUUACUAAGAUUUACUCAUAAAAACUUAAGUUGUAUAUAUUUUUUAGUAACUUAGAUUAGUUUUAAUACUGACAUAGUUUAUAUUCUCCUUUAUACUGUGAACGCUAAAAAUUUUGAGGAUGAUAGGAAUUUUAUAACAAAUAUCUUUAAAUUAUUAAAACGCGAAUAUUACUAAAUGGAAAUAAAAAAUAAAUGUAUAUUUUAAACGUUGUGAGGUAUAUUCGAAGGAUUGUGUAACCGUUUAAGGCUUUUAUAAUAAAAUCAUUAUCAUUAAAAUUUAUAUUGUAAUCAUAAACUUUUACACAUUUCUUCUCUAUAGUGUGUUCUAUGUCUUUGGUUGGUUUUUCUCUAUGGAAAUCGGGAAAAUAAAACAAACACUAUUGAAUAACUUGCUAUUAUCACAUAAUGUUUUAAUAUAUUUUCACUUCUGUGAUAAUAAAAUAGAUCUUGUUCAAUUAUUAGAUAUAUUUAAUUACUUCAAUAAUUUUGAAAAGAAUUUUUAAAGGCAUGUUGUCUUUAAUUUUUGUUUUAUUUUCAACUAUACCAUUUGUGUAUUCCAGAAGUGGAUUCAAUAUUGAUAUUAGUACCAAAUAAGAGUUAUUAAAUUUUACUAUUUAUAUUUGUUAUACAUUUCAUUUUUGUUAUAUGAAUAUUGAUUUUUACCAAAAUCCCUCUUUGAAUCCACUACUGACAUAAACUAAAAUAAAAUAAGCAAGCAUACUGAAUACAGGACACAUGAUCACAAAUGAUAUGUACAAGUUGAUUCUAGUUUUCACAUUUAUUUUAGAAAAUAUAAAUAUGAUAUUAUAUAAACAGAAUAAAUGGCAAGAACUAGAUUUGAUUCAUACUUCGAUGUCUGUUUUCUGUAUAAAACAAAAUAUAUAAAAAGUUAUUGCAUGAUAUGGACUCAGUGUUAAAAAAAGAAAUAAUAAAAACUCUAAAAAAAUUUCUGUUGAUGUUCUUUAAAUGUAGAGUAAAAAUUUUCUGCUAUUAACUUUUUAUCUUAUAUGUAAAAAUCCAUAUUCAGAAUAUUCCUUCUUUAUAAUUAUAAAAUCAUUUUAUAAAACCGUUUCUUUCGGAUUAUAUAAGCCUGUUAAAAAAAUAAAGAAGUUUAUUCCAUUUUGUUAAAAAAAAUAUAAUUAAUAUAACAUUUUUGGCUUGAAAUUGCCAAAUUACAAAAGAUAUCAUCUAUUAGAAUUUGCUAGAUGUUUUUAAUGGUGUAUAAAUUUUAAUACCAGAUAAAUUAGACAAAGUAUACUUGGUUUGAUUUUUGUUUCUUUUUCCAUUUUCGCAGUAGUGGCCUAAGAUUUAUUGGCAAAAGAGCUUGAGCUAUAAACAGACUUAUAAAAGGAAAACAAAAUUAAACCCUGUAUAAUUUGCAUUAAAAAUUCGUAUUUAUCAUCUGGUUAAAGACAAUACUUUAGAUGUAAAAAAUUAUAAUAAGCAUUUGAUUAAGGACAUUGUUAUAUAAGUUGCAAGGGUUAUCCACAAGCAUACAGAACAUUGUAACAAAAGUUUGAUGAUAGGCUUUUUGUUAUUUCUGUUAAGUACAAGAAAUUUAAUCGCGUGUAUCUUGUGGAUGGCCUAAAUAUCCUUAAAAAACCCUACGAUGUUUUUAUUGUAAUCUAUAUUAACUUACUACUUAUCAUAUGGUGUAAUAUAAAAUAUACUACUAUUUAGAGUCCUAACAGUUUCUUACAAACAGGUCUCGAUAUUACUGUUAAAAACAAGAUAAAUGUAGUGUUAAUUUAAAUUGUUCAAAUAGUUUCCAAAGCAAUAAUGCAUUUUCUCAAAAAUCUCGGAGCAGUUUCAGUUUUGAACGUCAGCAUACAUGUUUCAAAUAGAAACAAACGUAGGGUAUGAAAAAACAUAUUGCUAGUUUUGUGUGCCUAUAUAAAUAUAAAUAUUUGUCAUAUAUUGUCCUAUUUAAACCAUGUAUUUUGACGUUGAAAACUCUGCAAACUUUCUCUUCUGUCUAAAGAAAAAUGAAAAUAUUGUCAGCAGCACUGUUUUAUAUUAUUUUUAUACACAUUUCAAUUAUUAUUUAUUCAAAAGGCCAUAUAUUUCGUUUAAGCAAGUUACCAAAUACUUUUAAAUAUUGUUAAUACACAUGUAUACAUUUUAAAUGUUACCGUAUUUGUGCAUUAAUAAAAAAA